AUCCUCAAACCCGUCCCCGCAGACCAGAUGAUAGUUUCUCCUUCUAGCAAUACUACCACCUCCACUCUGCAGAGCUCCGGGGGAGCUGGCACACACACUGUAACCAAAAUCCAGUCUGGCACAACUGGGGCAGUUAUUUCCGCGCCUCCAAGCACACCCGUCAGCCCAGCCAUGCCCCUAGACGAAGAUCCCUCCAAGCUCUGUAGACACAGUCUCAAAUGUCUGGAGUGUAAUGAAGUCUUCCAGGAUGAGACGGCUCUGGCUACGCACUUCCAGCAUGCUGCAGAUACAAGUGGACAAAAGACUUGCACUGUCUGCCAGAUGCUGCUUCCUAACCAGUGCAGUUAUGCUUCACACCAGAGAAUCCAUCAGCACAAAUCUCCCUACACCUGCCCCGAGUGCGGGGCCAUCUGCAGGUCGGUGCACUUCCAGACCCACGUCACCAAGAGCUGUCUGCACUACACACGGAGAGUUGGUUUUCGAUGUGUACAUUGCAAUGUUGUGUACUCUGAUGUGGCCGCACUGAAGUCUCACAUUCAAGGCUCUCACUGUGAAGUCUUCUACAAGUGCCCUAUCUGUCCAGUGGCGUUUAAGUCCGCCCCAAGUACACACUCCCACGCCUACACGCAGCAUCCUGGCAUCAAGAUAGGCGAACCAAAAAUAAUCUAAAAGUGUUCCAUGUGCGACACUGUGUUCACCCUGCAGACCUUGCUGUACCGCCACUUUGACCAGCACAUUGAAAACCAGAAGGUGUCUGUUUUCAAGUGACCAGACUGUUCUCUUUUAUAUGCACAGAAGCAACUUAUGAUGGACCAUAUCAAGUCUAUGCAUAGAACAUUGAAAAGUAUUGAAGGGCCUCCAAACUUGGGUAUAAAUUUGCCUUUGAGUAUUAAGCCUGCAACUCAGAAUUCAGCAAAUCACAGCAAAGAGGAUGCCAAGGCUAUGAAUGGGAAAGAGAAAUUGGAAAAGAAGUCUCCAUCUCCUGCAAAGAAAUCCACAGAAUCUAAGAAGAUGGCCAGUCUCGGGUGGACGUGUUGGGAGUGUGACCGUCUGUUCACACAGAGGGAUGUGUAUCUCUCUCACAUGAGGAAGGAACAUGGGAAGCAAAUGAAGAAGCACCCUUGCCGCCAGUGUGACAAGUCCUUCAGCUCCUCCCACAGCCUGUGCCGCCACAAUCGCAUCAAGCACAAAGGCAUCAGGAAAGUGUAUGCCUGCUCACACUGUCCGGACUCCCGGCGGACGUUCACCAAGCGGCUGAUGCUGGAGAAGCACAUACAGCUGAUGCACGGCAUCAAGGACCCCGACGUGAAAGAACUGACUGAAGGUUCCAAUGAGGAGGAAACCGAAACCGAGAUAAAGGAAGACGCCAAGGCUCCCAGUCCCAAGCGGAAAUCGGAAGAACCGGUUUUAGAGUUCAGGCCUCCCAGAGGAGCCAUCACGCAGCCUCUGAAAAAGCUGAAAAUCAACGUCUUUAAGGCUCACAAGUGUGCCGUGUGUGGCUUCACCACGGAGAACCUUCUGCAGUUCCACGAACACAUCCCUCAGCACAAGUCGGACGGCUCCUCCUACCAGUGCCGCGAGUGUGGCCUCUGCUACAAGUCCCACGGCUCCCUGUCCAGGCACCUCUUCAUUGUCCACAAGCUGAAGGAGCCUCAGCCCGCGUCCAAGCAGAACGGGGCUGGGGAGGACAGCCUGCAAGAGAAUAAGCCCGGCCCCGAGGACGAGGCCGCUGAGGGCGCAGCGUCAGACAGGAAGUGCAAAGUGUGCGCCAAGACUUUUGAAACGGAAGCUGCCUUAAACACACACAUGCGGACACAUGGCAUGGCCUUCAUCAAGUCCAAAAGAAUGAGUUCAGCUGAGAAAUAGCCACAGGUCUUCCACAAGAGAAGCCCCAUCACAUAGGAAUUGGAAACAAGACUUUUUUGUUACCGAAAGUUUGCAGUA